GAGAGACUCGCGUGUGUUUGUGUGUUUCGUCAAAUUCGAGAAAUUUCCAACGUUUCUUCCAUCAAAUUACUCACUGAGUCAUUUUCGGUUCAUUCUGCACAAUGGCUAAGUGGGGAGAAGGAGACCCAAGAUGGAUCGUGGAGGAGCGCUCGGACGCCACAAAUGUCAACAACUGGCACUGGACCGAGAGAGAUGUGUCUAGUUGGUCUAAGAAGAAACUGGAAGAACUUCUUGUUGGACUGAAGAUAAAAGAUGACAAAGGUGAAUGCUUGAUCAAGGAAUUAAACAGUAUAGAUGGAGAGGCCUCUGCCAGUAACAGAAAAGGGAAACUCAUUUUCUUCUAUGAAUGGAGCAUCAAAUUGGAAUGGAAAGGUAACCUAAAGGAUUGCACUACUGAACUGACGGGGAAUGUGGAAAUCCCAAACAUAAGCGACGAAAAUGACUUGGACGAGAUCGAUGUUAUCGUCACAACGAAGAAGAACACGGAGGAGUCUAGAAUACUGAAGGAGAUAACGCGUCUUAAAGGGACAAAGCUCAUCCAAGAACAGAUUGGCAAAUACCUUAAUUUCCUGAAAGAAGAGUGUAGUAAAGGAAUGAUUCUUCCUUCAGCUGAAGUUCAGUCCAAAUCUGGCACAUCAAUUCCAUCAGUGUCACCAAAGGUUGCAUCUCCCAAAGUUCAGCACCAGAAUCAAGUAAACCAAGAGAACUUGAAGAACAUCCAGAUCGGAGUUAAGAUUGACACAACAACUCUCAAGCUGAAUGAAGAGUUCAAGUGUUCUGCAGAGGAGCUUUAUAUGACGUUCACAGACCCACAGAGAGUUUCAGCAUUCACAAGAAGCCAGGCCAUUUUGGAGCCAGUGGCAGGGGGCAAGUUCAGCUUGUUUGAUGGCAAUGUCACUGGAGAGUUUGUUUCGUUGGAGCCAUGCAAAAUUGUUCAACGUUGGAGAUUCAAGACCUGGCCCGAUGCCCACUACUCAACAGUCACAAUCGUGUUAUCCCAGGAAUCAGACUGCACAAAGUUAGCCCUCACUCAAGUUGGUAUCCCGUCGGCAGACUUUGAAAGAACGAAAAGCGGCUGGAGAACCUACUACUGGCAAGCCAUCAUGGGCACAUUCGGUUUUGGGGCCCGGCUAUUUUGAUGUCGGCUAUUGGGUUGGUUUGACAGCAAGGAACCCAAACUUAGUGAUCUAUUUAUGUGUACAUAAACGAAAAGUGCAGAUACAUGUAUUGGUUUUUGAAAAUAGCGUUAAGAUACUUCCUUGGGAAAAUUGUGAUUGUCAGGGUGGGGGG